AAAUCCCCCUUCGUCUUCCCCUCCCAACGGAAACCGGAAACUUCCCAAAACCCUAGUCUUCUCUCUCUCUCUCUCUCUCUCUCUCUCUCUCUCUCUGAAUAUUCAAUGGCGGAAAUCAAAGAGAAAGCCCUAGAAGAAGAGGCUCAUCUUCCAUCGCCUCUGCUCUCAAAACGAAAACCUGAUCUCGAAUCCUCCAAAGAAGAUCCAGAUCCCGUGAAGAAGAUCAAACCAGACGACAUUCAUCAAAAUCCCCGUUCUACCCUCCAACAAAACGAUAAUUCCCAUGCCGAAGCCGGAGCCGAAGCCGACGAAGACGACGAAGAUGAAUUCGACGGAGAAGACGAUGAAAAUGAAGAUGACGAAGAAGUAGAAGAAGAAGAUGAAGAAGAAGAGAGAGGAGGGAAGGACAGUAAUGGAAAUUCGAAAAUCGACAAGGGCAAAGGGGUCAUAAAGGAGAAAGACGACAAGGGAAAGGGAAAAGCGAAGGUGGUUGAAGAAGACAGCGGCAGUGGCAGCAGCGACGAUAACGACAGUGGCGGAGACAACAACGGCGAUGAUGAUAGUGAUUUCUCUGAUGAUCCACUCGCCGAGGUCGAUCUAUCCAACAUUCUUCCUUCAAGAACCCGGCGGCGUGCUGCUCAGCCCGGGGCUUAUCUCGUUAAUGAUAUGGACGGUGAUGACGACGAUGAUAGUGAGUAGUUUUGAUGGUCAGAUGCCGGCAGAAUGAGGUAUGAGAAUUCUAGAUUUUGGGAUUAGAUAGUAUUUCUCGUUGCAAUUUCGAUCAAAAUUCCAAUGUGGACAGCUGAGUAGCUUAUCAGUGCAAAUGUAGUAUGAACAUGCGGCAUAAAUCUUUAUGUGUAACAUGAUUUCUGUACCUGAUUAACAAAGUUUGGAUUCCCAUUUUGUAGUAA